GAGUACUAAUAGCUUUGGUGAGAUACAUCUUAUUUGAUUAUAUUAUUCUUAAAUUAUAAGCUCACUUAUCUGAAGUGAACAGUAAGUAGUGAUGGCAACAAAAUCCGGAUCCAUGGGUAUUCUAUCUGGCUCAAUCCGUCAAAGCAGGUAAAAUUCAAUGUUAACGGAUUGCAAACCGAGUUUUGGGGUGAAACCUGUUGCACUAUUCGACGGGUUGGGUUGGAUUCGGGUUUAAGUAUAUCCGAUCCAUAGAUAACGCGGCCCACCAUACUCCUACAAUCCGUCCAUUAACCUUUGUUGUUCGUGAAUGUUUAUCUUUAAUAUAUUCAACAAUUUGUAUGGAUAAUUUGUGCGUUUUGCUUACUAAAUUGGUGUUUUUUGUAUGAAUAAUUUGUUUAGGAAUAUUGGUGUUAAACUUUUAUUUUGACAAGUGAUCGAUGUUAUGCAUUUUUUACCAUAAGAACUCAUGGGUAUCUAUGAACCCGCGGAUGCCCAAUGAAUUGAAUUGGGUUUGACGUUCCAAAACCCCGUUGGAAUUAUCCACGAGUAAACUCGUCCCCUUUUUUGCGUAGCAUCUUGAACAACGGGGUGGAUUGGAAUCAAUCAAGAUUUUGCAGAAGCCAAAGGCAAAUGCAAAAUAAAUGUCUUUUGAACGAAGCAUCUGUGCACGACGACUCAAGGUUCAAGAGCCGAAAAUAUAUAACCGCGGAUGCUAAAUCCAUAGACGAGACGACCGACCAUGACGAAGAACGUUGGAUGCCGGCGCACGGGGGCGGUUGCAUGGAUGCGCGAAACCAAGCAGAACGUAGAGAAGAUCGAUGUGGGCGGCGGAGGAGGACAAUAGCUCGAUCGUAGUAUCAUCUGUAAUUUUAUACCGAUAUAUUCUAUUCUCCGGUUAACUAGAAACCCCACGUUGCAUUGCUUGCUACAGACGAAGUGCCCCCAUGUGCUUUCAUAACGCCGUUCCCGCCACAUGUCCUCUACUUUCUAUUUGCCGUCACAAAUUAUAUCGAGGUUGUCAAAACGAUUUAAAUUAUGAUUCGAUCGAGGUUGCCAUAAAAUUCCAAUCUAAAAGAUAUGAUAUCGAUACACACACUAGUGGUAUAUUGCUUCAAACGAUGUUUUUGUCAAGAACCAGUUGAUCCCAAUAACUCGAGUUGUUGGGAGAGGUUCAAUCGUGGAUCAUAUACCGUUUUAUUAACACCCCCAUUCAAACUCAAGUCAUUCAGAUAGGCUUGGAGUUUGGACAGGCACAGGUACGCUCUGAUACCAUGUCAAGAACCAGUUGAUCCCAAUAACUCGAGUUGUUGGAAGAGGUUCAAUCGUGAUCAUAUACCGUUUUAUUAAUAGUUUUCUCUUCAAACGAAUCAUUUCCUAUAUUGCUCUACACUUUAGCAAUCUAGAGUCCAAACUUGUAUAUAUUCAAUUUUUUUUGUUAUAAGUGUUAUAUUGUGAGAAACUCUUUAACCACUUUGAAAUUUUGGGGGAAAAAUCUAUUCUAUCUUUUAUCAUUUGAAAUUUCCUUUUUGAACAUGCACUCCAGUAUAAAACCAAGAAAACAGGGGAAGUCAAAAAGGAAACACACUAACUUCCCCUCCCCUCUUCUUCCCUUUCCUUUCCUUCCCUUCCACUCUCUGCAAAAAGCUUUUCCCCCCAUUUCCAGCAAACCACACAGUCAAAAUCUCUCUCUCUCUCUCCCUCUUCUCUCUCUCUCAGAACCAUGGCGCUAUCCAACAACCUAACCGCAGUCCUGAACUUCAUCGCCUUCCUCUGCUCCGUCCCAAUCGUCGCAUCGGGGAUCUGGCUCGCCUCCCAGCCGGACAACGAGUGCAUCCACUUCGUCCGGUGGCCGGUCGUCCUCCUCGGCCUCCUCGUCCUCGUCGUCUCCCUCACGGGCUUCGUCGGCGCCUACUGGUACAAGGAGACACUCCUCGCCUUCUACCUCUGCUGUAUGGCCAUCCUCAUCGCCCUCCUCCUCACCCUCCUCGUCUUCGCCUUCGUCGUCACCCGGCCCGACGGCGGCUACGCCGUCCCCGGCCGCGGGUACAGGGAGUACCGGAUCGAAGGAUUCUCGUCCUGGCUGCAGGGCCACAUCGUCGAUUCGAAGAAUUGGGGCGCGAUUCGCGCUUGCCUCGCCGAGAGCGACGUCUGCUCCAGGCUCACCCGGAGCUACCUCACCGCGGACCAGUUCUUCGCCGGCCACAUCUCUCCUCUCCAGUCGGGUUGCUGCAAGCCGCCGACGGUAUGCGGGUACAGCUACGUGAGCCCGACGACGUGGGUGAACCCGGCGAACCCGACCGGCGACCCGGACUGCUACAACUGGAGCAACGAGCCGAACCAGCUCUGCUACAACUGCAACUCCUGCAGGGCCGGGCUGCUGGGGAACCUCAGGAAGGAGUGGCGGAAGGCCAGCACUUUCCUCAUCGUCGCCGCCGUCGUGCUCAUCUUCGUCUACGUCGUCGCCUGCUGCGCUUUCAAGAACGCCCAGACGGAGGACCUCUUCCGCCGUUACAAGCAAGGCUGGGCAUAACACAAGCAUUUUGCUGCUGCUUCGUUGAUUCUGUGCCCUUUUUUUUCUUCUUCAAUUGUUUGUUUUUGUUUUCUCUUUUGGAGGGCUUGUGGGCUGGUGGGUGUGUAAUGUGUAUAUAUUCGAUUCUGCUUUUGGUUAUAAUCUAGAAUAUGUUAUUGGAUGGUUGGAGACGAAUCAACGAACCUAGUUUCUGCAGUUCUUCCUUCUUUUUUUUUUUUUUUUUUUUUUGCACCACUCGUGAAAAGGACAAGUAGUGGACUACUGGAAUCGGAUUCAUCAUCUCUUUAUUCGGUUCCAAUGGCUGUUUUUCUAGUCUGCUCAAGGGCAAUAGAUUCGAUCAGAACCA